AUGAGCAGCGAUGCUGCACUGACGGCCCUGACCACGAAGAGCAAACUCGACCUUCCUAGUGCGCACUUUCAAACCAAUCCCCCAGGCAUAGAUUAUGUACAGUACUCGCUCGAGAAGGAACCCGAAUACCUGCCUCAAAUCCGCGAACUGAUUUCCAAAGACCUCUCGGAACCCUACAGCAUCUACGUGUACCGAUAUUUCCUGUACCAAUGGGCCGAACUGUGCUUUAUGGCCGUCGACACGACGGACAACAAUAAAUUGGCAGGCGUGGUGAUUUGCAAGUUGGAACCGCACAGAGGUGGUCCCCUAAGGGGUUACAUUGCGAUGUUGGCGACGAAGGAGAAGUUUCGCGGGAAAGGGAUUGCGACGACGCUGGUGAGCAAGGCGAUUGAUUUGAUGAUUGAGAAGGAUGCGGAUGAGAUUGCGCUGGAGACGGAAGAGACGAAUACGGCGGCGAUGAAGUUAUAUGAACGAUUGGGAUUCCUGAGGAGUAAGAAGUUACAUCGGUACUAUUUGAAUGGGAACAGUGCGUAUAGGCUACUGUUGUACUUGAAGGAGGGGGUCGGUGGGAUUCCGAUUGAUGAGGACUAUGAUGAUAUGCCACGUACACAGGAGGAGCUGAGACAUCAAUAUCGAGAUCCGGAUGAUGCUUUCAGCCAUGGAAUUGUCUGA